AUGUUUGGCAGUUCCAAGUCAGACAGCGGCAUCGCGGACUCGAGCAGCAAGGCUGGCAGCAAGUCUCCUUCCCCGGACAAGGACGACGCCGGCCGCGCUACACCAUCGCCUACCAAAUCCACCGAACAGGCUGCGAGCGGCGAGAGGCGGAGUGGCAAUGGCAGUCCUCCCAGCGCGGGCAGCUCGGCUGAGCAGAAGAAGCGCCGGAGCAGCGGGGUGAGCGCCAAAGCCAGCAACCUCAUAGCCCAGGCGAAGAAUACUCUCUUCACUCAGUCUGGGAAGGGCAGCAACAGCGAUGCGGGUGCUAACUCUAAGAAUACGGACCAGGCUCUUCUGGAAGAGUUAGGCAAGAAAGAUCAAGCACUCGCCGUGCCCCAGGGCCAGCACAACAACGCCGCCGGCUCGUCGCUCCCCGGCCCUCGAUCUACCUUCAAAGUCGGUGUUUGGGAGGAUCGCAACAAGAGAUGCAGGCGGACGAUGGAGGACACCCAUGCAUUCCUGUACAACUUUCUCUGUACGCCAGCCCCGGCUCUCGGUACAGAUUCCAAGUCGUCAAAGUCCUCGGGCGAUGCCGAUGUGGCUGGUGGCAGCGACAUGGUAGAGACGGACAAUGGGUACUUUGCGAUUUUCGACGGGCAUGCCGGCACGUUUGCUGCCGACUGGUGCGGAAAGAAGCUUCAUCUUAUCCUCGAAGACAUCAUCAAAAAGAAUCCAAACUCGCCGAUACCCGAGCUGCUCGACCAAACAUUCACUGCUGUUGAUCAGCAGCUGGCAAACUUGCCAGUCAAGAACAGCGGUUGUACCGCCGCCAUCGCUGUGCUUCGUUGGGAAGACCGGGUCCCGAGCAACGCCUCGGUGACUGGUUCUCAGGCCAUUGCACCUGCGUUGGCAAAGGCCGCGGAGGAGGCGAAGACUGGGGAGAGCGCCCCGUCAUUAGCGGCCCCUGAAGCUGCGCAUGCAAGGUUAAAAGAUGCUUCCAAGAGGCAGCGUGUUCUCUAUACCGCCAACGUCGGCGACGCCCGUAUCGUUCUCUGUCGGGCGGGCAAGGCUAUGCGGCUAUCCUAUGACCACAAGGGCAGUGAUGAGCAUGAGGGCAAGCGCAUCUCGGCAGCAGGUGGCCUCAUAUUGAACAACCGCGUGAACGGUGUCCUUGCUGUCACUCGGGCGUUGGGCGACACAUACAUGAAGGAGUUGGUGACAGGGCACCCGUACACUACGGAGACUGUUUUGCAGCCAAAUGAAGAUGAGUUUAUCAUUAUUGCUUGUGAUGGGUUGUGGGACGUUGCCUCAGAUCAAGAGGCUGUCGACCUUGUCCGCAACACGAUGGACCCCGGCGCGGCAGCGAAACAACUUGUUGACCACGCUCUUGCUCGCUUCAGUACUGACAACCUCUCUUGUAUGAUCGUCCGCUUUGACAAGCAGGGCACUCUCGACCAGCAAUCCAGCAAGGAGAUUGGCGUCGAGGGGGACAGUGCGUCUGCCUCGGGCAAGCUCAGCGAGGCAGAAAAGAUUAUCAAUGAGACGAAAGCCAAGAUUGCUGAAGGAAACACGCCCGCGGUUGGUAUCUCGGCCAGUAAUUUUGGACACGGCCGUGACCCUGCUAAACUAGAAGCGGAAGCGGACUUUACACCGACGGCAAUUGAGGGUUCUGUUGAGGAGGCGUCGAGUCAGGCUGUGGUGAACUCGGUAGAGGGUAACGGCACGAAGGAUGCGGUGGUUGUUGAUGGGACUCGAUCAGAUGUUGAGGUCCCGGAUUUGACGGAGCCGGCACCGCCGUUGGCCGAACCGGCGAUGGGUUCUAACCCGCCGCUGGUCAAGUCUUAG